UUUUGUUUUUCAGACAUCCUGCCAUGUCCAGUUAUACUUUGGGAUUCCUCCUUGUCUCCUACUGAUAACAUCACACAGUCAUCUGUCAAACUUAAGUGGAAAACCUACCAAAAAAUCCUUUCCCACAAGUGUUGGUUAAAUGGAAAAACUCCAAAGGCAGACCUGGGCUGUCCAGACGUCCAUCACCAUGAGUGGUCCAAAAUGGCACUUUUUGAUUUUCUUCUACAAGUUUACAAUCGCCUUGAUAAAAACUGCUGUGGCUUUAGACCUCGA